CGCCACUCGGAAAAUGGAGUAAAUAAAAUGAUGGCACAGUUGGGGGUGUGGGGGGGAAGGAACCUCCCACUGUAGGCGUUUCUCCUCUGUGAGUGUAUACUGAGACAAUACCGUCAAUGAGCUGCACUUUUCCCACGUUUCCUCUCCAGCAGCAGCAGCAGCAGCACCGCCGACAUUUUCUGCCCGCUGGCGGAGAUGUGUUGAAGCAAGUGUGAGUCACUCAGAGAGCAUUAAUAAAGCCCAGCGACACGCCUGGCCCAGAGGUUAGGCUGUCUGAUGAGGUGUGCUACAGCCGGGAAAAGUUGCUUCCAGUCAGUGUUUUACUCACAGCCGGACUAGCGAACCUUUGAUUUUUCCAAUUCUGCCUUCCCCUCCUCGGAUAUAAGCGAACAGCUCACUGUGGAUAACUCCUACAGUGUGUUCCCACUCUGGAAGACACAGUAAGUUGAUGUGUUGGGACACAAUGUCUUCCCCCCGCUGCUUCCUGCUGCUGCUGCCAUGCGUCCUGCUGGUUCUGCUGGUCCAGUUUCCUCAGGCUCAGUCCAGACCGGCCACAGAGGACACAGACACAGCUGACGCAGUUAAAUCCUCUGAAGACGAAGAAGACGAUGAGUCAUCCUCGGAGGAAAAUAAACUGUCCAAUGAAUUGUCAACAAGCAACGAAAAGUUCCAGUUGUUGGCGCCGCAGUGGGUGAUGCCAGAGAAGAUGGAGAAGCAGCUCCACGCCGUUCCUGCCAGUAAGACCGUAAAGUUUCGCUGCCAAGCAACUGGAAACCCCGUUCCCUCCCUGCGCUGGUACAAGAACGGGAAAGUUUUCAGGAAGGACCAAAGAAUCGGAGGGUUCAAGAUCAGAGACCACAUGUGGACUCUUAUAAUGGAGUCAGUGGUUCCAUCUGAUAAAGGCAACUACACCUGUGUGGUGGAGAACGAAUACGGGAGUCUCAAACACACCUACCUGCUGGAUGUAGUUGAGCGCUCUCCUCACCGGCCGAUCCUGCAGGCGGGUCUGCCGGCGAACCAAACCGCAGUUGUUGGCGGUGACGUGGAGUUUGUGUGUCGAGUGUUCAGCGACCCGCAGCCUCACAUCCAGUGGCUCAAACACAUCACCGUCAACGGCAGCAGAGAGGCGCCGGACGGACACCCGUAUGUCCUCGUUCUCAAGACUGCAGGUUUGAACACAACGGAUAAAGAAAUGGAGGUUUUGAUUCUGAGGAACGUAACUCUGAACGAUGCUGGAGAGUACACCUGCCUGGCAGGAAACUCCAUCGGAGUCUCCCAUCAUUCUGCAUGGCUCACUGUAGUCGAUGACCUGCCCCCCUCCCCGCUGCCCUCUCAGACGUACUUGGAGAUCUUCAUCUAUUGCCUUGGGUUUUUCAUCGUCAUCAUCCUCACAGCCACAGCGGUCAUCUGCAGACUCUGCUGCGCCCCGAAGAAGAGCGACUUCAACAGCCAGUUAGCGGUCCAAAAGUUAGCCAAGAGCAUUCCUCUGAAGAGACAGGUGUCAGUCGAGUCCUCGUCCUCCCUUCAGUCAGGGAUGUGUUUGAUGCGUCAGUCUCGUCUCUCCAGUGCAGCCACCACCAUCCUGGCAGGAGUGUCGGAGUACGAACUUCCCUAUGAUCCUGUCUGGGAGCUGCCUCGCGACAGGCUGACUCUGGGGAAGCCUCUGGGAGAAGGCUGUUUUGGUCAGGUGGUUCUGGCGGAGGCUGUUGGGAUCGACAAAAAUAAACCCACUCGCCUCACAAAGGUGGCUGUGAAGAUGCUUAAAGCGGACGCCACAGAGAAGGACCUGUCUGACCUGAUCUCUGAAAUGGAAAUGAUGAAGAUGAUUGGCAAACACAAGAACAUCAUCAACCUGCUGGGAGCCUGCACUCAGGACGGCCCUCUGUAUGUGGUGGUGGAGUACGCCUCGCAGGGAAACCUGAGGGAGUAUCUCCGGGCUCGUCGACCGGUCGGGUUGGAGUACUGGAGCGGCUCCAGGCAGGCUUCUUUGGGCAGCUUGGAGAUCAGGGAGCUGGUGUCUGCUGCGUACCAGGUGGCCAGAGGAAUGGCGUACCUCGCCUCAAAGAAGUGUAUCCACAGAGACCUGGCAGCCAGGAACGUGCUGGUCACAGACGAUAACGUGAUGAAGAUAGCCGACUUCGGCCUGGCCCGAGAUAUCCACCACAUCGACUACUACAAGAAGACCACCAAUGGUCGUCUGCCGGUGAAGUGGAUGGCGCCAGAAGCUCUAUUUGACCGCAUCUAUACGCACCAAAGUGACGUGUGGUCGUUUGGAGUCUUGCUUUGGGAAAUCUUCACCCUCGGGGGGUCUCCUUACCCCGGAGUCCCCGUGGAGGAGCUGUUCAAGCUGCUGAAGGAGGGGCAUCGCAUGGAAAAACCCUCCGCAUGCACUCAGGAGCUGUACCUGAUGAUGAGAGACUGCUGGCACGCCGUCCCAUCUCGCAGACCGACUUUCCAGCAGCUGGUAGAAGAUUUAGACCGCACCCUUUCUCUCAUGGCCAACCAGGAGUACCUGGACCUGGCCGUUCCUCUGGUCCAGUAUUCUUCGGUCGGCUCUUCUGCCUCGGCUCAUUCCUGUAACUCCACAUAGGCGUCCUGGGACCUUUUCCCUUCCCGGAUCACCUACAUCCCGUUUCCUCUGCUGCGCGGGGCGGCGGCAGUCCCAGACGAGGCCCGACGGAGGAGCUCAGACAAGCUGCUUCACUGUCGUCUAUCACAGCAGCAGCCUGAUGUGAAGAACAGCUGGACUGAGCUGGACUCCCCAGCAAGGCCUCAGGAAGCAGCUCGCACACCAUCUCAUUCAUAAAGGGUGUAAAGACUGAGUUCACCCACUGAUAGAAGACUGUGAGAGCUGGGUUUGGCUCCUGUACUGCCUAUUGCAUUAGUGCUUUGCUAAUGUUAAUAAUAAUGUUCUCAGUGUGAAUACUGUAAAUAAUAGUUUGUGUUAUAUGGAAGACCAAACUGGAUAUAUAAGAGAAAUAUGAAAUGAAAGAGAGAUGUAAAAGGGAGAAAUAGGUACUAAAAAACAUAAAGGAAUGAAUAAAAUAAACAAAAUAUAUAUAUAUAAAUAUGUAAAAACAUAUAUUUCAUAUUCAUUUUACUUUUUACCGUUGCAUUUGGAUUUAUUUUUCCAUCAGCAGACUCCCUAAUGCCUCUGGAAAUAAUUUAUUACUCAUUUAUAGAUUUAUUUUUCAAGUUUUCUUUGUGCGUUUUCCACCAAAAUGUAUGUAUUUCUCAGUCAGGUUUGGUCCUUCGCAGUAAUGUCAUGUUGCCAAAGAUGAUGUCUGACAGUGUUACAGUUCAACAUUGCACUUAUCCUCCAGCUGAUUGCAGCCUGCCGUUUGCAGAAAAUCUAGCUGAAUGUGUAACUGAUUAACAGUAUUAAAAUCCUUUUUGAAUUUUUA